CGGGCUUUGUGACGUCACAUCUCCGUACCGGUUUAUAAACUGAACGGAGCGACCGGCGCCGACUCGCUUAGAUUACUCAUCGUUUGUUCGUUGUCGAAUGUGUACCAUUUUAUUGUUGUUAUAAAGUUUGAAAGUGGUGUAUAAAGAGUGAAGAAACAGUGUUAUUGAUUUAUAUGAUGAGUAAUAUUAAAAAAGGCUGCUAUAAAUACUGUAUUGUGCCUAAUUGCACGAGCACAACAAUUAAAACACCAAACAAAAUAUUUUUCCAUGUACCUUUGCAAACAGACAAGAGAAAGAAAUGGUGCAAAUUAAUGAAGCGAGAUUUAAUUGGACCCAAAAGUAUCAAAUACGUAUGUGAAGAACAUUUUGAUAUUGAAAAUGAUACAGAAAAUUUAAUAAAGUUUAAAUUGGUCGGUGGAACAUUAAAAUUGAAAUCAGAAAUAUACCCUCACAAGUUUGAUUGCCAGAAAGUAGUAAAACCUUUAAGAAAAAGUGGAGCAUAUGAAAAAAGACGAAAAGCAGAAUGUUUUAAUGAGAUUUUAAAAGAUGAUGUUCCAUCGACCUCAGGUUGUCAACCUUUCGAAAUCAUUAAUUGUGAUCCAAUAUAUGAAGAGAAAAGUGUACCAAAGGACCCUUUAUCCGAGGAUUGUAUUUUGAAAAGUGUACUAGGUAGUCCAAAGAAAAAAUAUAAACAUAAAAGAGUGCAAGUUAAUAUAAAAACUCCACAAAAAAACAAGGAGGUGCAAACAGUAAGGUUUAGAACGAAAAAAAGUGACAUGGAAAAUAAGCGACAAAACAUCUGUUCCUCACCUGAAAGUUCUCCUUCAAAUAUGUCUGUGUCAUCAAUGUCAUCAUGUAGUAGCACAAGUUCAGAUAGCAUGUCAAAUACAAUCAAACCUAACUUUUGUAAAGAUACUAUACUUAAAAUAAAUACCAACAUCGGUUUUUAUUUGGGAUUACCAGAAGAAGUAUAUUUUCUAACGAAACAAUUAUCUGAAAGCAUUGCUUCGCCAGUAAGAGAUAUUUUAAUUUCAUUAAAAAAAAUUCGUCUUAACGACCCAUAUAUACGUCUGGCCAUUGACUUCGAUGUCAGCACAAGUUUAAUAGGAAAAAUAUUUAACAGAACAGUUCCGUUAAUAGCCAACCGCAUGAAACAGUUUAUUUUUUUUCCGCCGAUGAAACAAAUUUAUGAGAAGUUACCCAUAUCUUUUAGAAAGAGAUAUUUUAAAACUGUCAGUGUAUUAGAUUGCUUUGAAAUACGAAUAGAAAAACCUUCGAGUGCCAAGCAACAGUCUUUGACCUGGUCUGAAUAUAAACAUUGUAAUACAAUUAAAUAUUUGAUUUCCAUUACACCUGAUGGAUUAAUUAACUACAUUUCGGAUGGUUAUGGUGGAAGGGCCAGUGACACAAUAAUAUUUGAAGAUUGUGACUUUUUGUUGAAUUUGUCACCGGGAUAUUCUGUUAUGGCUGACAGGGGUUUUAAAAACAUAUCUCAUUUGCUAGAAACUAAAGGUUGCCAUCUUAUAAGACCUCCAAGCGUUUCUGCAAACACGGUUAGUUCAAAAUUGGAAGUAAUGGAAACGAAACGUAUAGCAGCGCUACGUAUAAAUGUUGAGAGAUCAAUAGGUAGAUUAAGAAAUUUUUCCAUGGUAGCCCCUCACGCUUGUAUCGAUACUAAAGUCAUUUGUAUGUUGGAUUUCAUUGUUGUGAUUGCAUGUGGUAUGGUUAAUGUUCAAAAUAAAUUAAUAACAUGUAAUUAAAACGUAUUGUGUUUUAUUUUUAAUCUACAAUCAAUAAAUC